UUUUAGGGGACUGUCUGAGGCAGUUUACUGUCAUUCUUCACUGCGCAAAGACGCCUCGUUUGUGAAAGGAGUGAUUUUUAUAUUUGCGUGUUUUGCGGACGAAAAGACUAAUUCGAGGAUGAAACUUGUUCUGCUCCUCUUUAUCUCCUGCCUCGCGUUACAUAACGGAAAAGGAGCACCAAGCACUGCUGUGUAUAAGUUUGUAAAAUGUAACCCUGAGGGCGGUGAGGCCAACUGUGUGAUUCAACAGACCCCAAAAAUGGCCUGGAGUCCAGACCUGCCCGCCAAACUGCCUGCCUCUGCUGCACAGUAUCUAGAGGCAGAGCCUGUGGAGGAUGACAGUCCACUGAUGGAAGAUUACGCGGAGGUGGAUGAGAAAGAAGAUCAAAUGAUCGGUCAGGAGGGGGAGUCUCCUUUUGUAUACCCGGAAGAGGAAGGUUCUGGGUAUGAAGGUUCUGCAGUUGAAGAUCUAUACAUGGCAGACAAUGCCUCGCCUGCUGCGAGUGAGACGGGCUCCGGAGACUACUGGACAGAGCCAGAAGCUGAGCUAUACAAAGAUGGACGCAUAGAUGCCAUGAGGAAGUUGUUCCCCAGCCGUUCUUUAGCUGAUGAGGCAAAGCCCGCAGAGAAGGACCUCAAAGAAGACCACCUCCUACAGCUGUAGACCGUACACCCACUCAAAGACACACAAGCGGCUGGCAUCUGUUUUAAUUCUGUUUACUCAGAUCGUACAACUAAUUUUACAUCACCACCUGCUGGAAAACCUUGGUCAGUCAGACAAAGGCCAAACAUAUAUUUUGUAUUCUCUUUGUGGAAAUUAUUUUCUUCAGGGGCAAAAGAACAAAUGUUAAAAAAAGGAUGCCAAAGUAUACGAUUUGGUCUGCAUCAAUGAAACGUCUCACUAUACACAUUUUAAUUUAGUCUAAGCUGGCAUUGAUUUGUAUUUUUGCUUUCUGUGAAAUAAAAGGUUGUAAUAUGCUUUUUAAUACAAAUUAAAAUUUGCUUUUAAAUCUUUGUAAUACCAGUGCAAUAAGAUGACGCCUUUGUCCAAGUAUUGCUCACUCUGUAUGCUUCCAACCUUGUUUUUGAAGCUAAAAGGGAUGUGCUCUUUUAAGAAACAUAAAAACAAAGACUGUUUUUAAGUAGUAUUUGUUCCUUUUGUCUCAAAAAUUGUGACACUUAGCACUUACCCAGAAGGAUAAUGCAAUGUAUUCUGGUUACAAGGUUGAAUAAAAUAAUCUUGAGGACCAAAAAUCCCCUGAGAAAUGGACUGGAACAUGUUCAAAAUAUGUACUAUGAACAUGUAUUAAUUCAACACACACCGCGUUAUCUAAUUUGCAUUUGAGAUACUUCUAUAAAUAAAGGAUUUCUAACAACAGUA